AAUGCCUUUCUGUUUGGUACUCAUGUAUACUGAAAUUUAUGAUUUGGGAGGCCAUGCUAUUUGGGAAGAUUAGAAUCAUGUAUAACUACUGCAACAAGAAGUCUAGAAGAAGGCUCCUCUUACUGGAGAUGAUGUUUAUGAAAUAACAACAGAGAAUGCUCUGCCAAGCUGGGCCGUGAGAUCAUAUAUGACAGGGAUUUUGACCAUGACUAUUUUGGUUUGAAGACCCUUGAGAAGUCUUACCUCCUAAAACUUGAAGGCAGUGCAUUGGAAAGACCACAGCAUAUGUUAACUUUUUUAUUUUUGGGCCAACAGCACAUGUUAAUGAGGGUUGCUGUUGGUAUUCACAAAGCUGACAUUGACUCUGCUCUCUGAACAUACCAUUUGAUGUCCCAGCCUUGUUGCAUUGCUGUUUUCUACUCUGCAUGAAGGAUGACAGCAUUGAGGGCAUGUACAAUCCUCUGAAGGAGUGUGCUGUUAUUAGUAAAUAUAAGGAAUUGGUAUUUCCAUUCAUAACAUAUGUCCCACUGGCAUUUACAUCUGUAGGAUAAAUAGGACUUCUGAUGGUUUUGUUCCAACAUUCUGUGUUUUUAAUAAUGCUACUCACUGUGUUGACCUAGGGGGAGGGAAGAGAUAGGGUAAUUAAAAAGAGUCAAAAUUCUGUACAUUGUCAUUUUUUAUUUGCAUCUUUUGUUUAGUUUUAAUGUGCCUUUAGUGUUAUCAUAGAUUUACAGAAUGCAUCCGUUAAUAGAUAUUUCAAGUGUAGAUCAGUAACAUGUUCCCUGGACAUCUCAGCAAUUAAGAGCUUGAACCUCCAUGCUGGAGGUCUCAAGUUUGAAUAGUAGGAAAUAUGCAAUUAAUCUUUUGUUGUUUUUCUGGUGUAUAGUUGUUGAGUGCGUCAUUGGAAAUGUUCUCACUUCCAUUGGUGCUUUUGCUAUAUAUAUAGAGUCAUGGCAUGCUGAUAUCUUUUUCUAGAUCUCAGAAAGAACCAAGGAAAGGUACCAUUGAAUGGAUACCUGAACUCAAUUAUUUUUAUACAUAAUGAGACUUUGUAGGGAAUGAUUAUGGAAUUCUCCUGUCAAUUGUUUCCCCAUUUUUUCUUGUAAUACAAUUAUCUGCCAGAACUAUCAAGAAGUAUGUUCCCAAUAUAAUAAAAAAUAAGAAUAAAUUUGUGCAUCAUGGUAGAAUAAAUUGUAUUCUGGUUA